AUGGACUCGGCGCCAGCCUUCGCCAUGGACAAGCCGUUCGCCCCCAGCGCCGUGCGGGGCCCGGAGCCGCCCGAAAACCCUCAAAGCCGGAAAAACUUCAGCGUGAGCCACCUCCUCGACCUGGAGGAGGUGGCGGCCGGCAUGAACGGGACCCCCCCGGCCGGCCCCCCGCCCGCCGGUGGCGGCAAGGCCAUGCCGGAGCCGUCGGGAGGCAGCAGCGGCAGCGAGGCAGCGCCUCAGGACGGCGAGAGCCUUAGCCCGAGCCGCGGGGCGGCCAAGAGGAAGAAGAAGCAGAGGAGGAACCGCACCACCUUCAACAGCAGCCAGCUGCAGGCUCUGGAGAGGGUCUUUGAGAGGACACACUACCCUGAUGCCUUCGUGCGGGAGGAGCUGGCAAGAAGGGUCAACCUCAGUGAGGCAAGAGUCCAGGUCUGGUUUCAGAACCGGAGGGCCAAGUUUCGCCGUAACGAGAGAGCAAUGCUGGCCAACAGAUCGGCAUCACUCCUCAAAUCCUACAGCCAAGAAGCAGCCAUUGAGCAGCCCAUGGCACCACGGCCCACUGCGCUGACCCCGGAGUAUCUCUCCUGGACCAGCACCUCCCCGUACAGCACUGUGCCCUCCUACAGCUCCAGCGGGACCGCAACACCCACCCAAGGGGUGAACAUGGCCAACAGCAUCGCCAGCCUGCGCCUCAAAGCCAAAGAGUUCAGCCUCCAUCAGAACCAGGUGCCGACCGUGAACUGA